AUGCAGCAGAUGUUAAAUCCGAAGCGCUUUCCCAUCCACUUCGCCUAUGUGGCCGUCGCGCCGUUCAUAUUGAUAGCACUUUUAAGUAGCAGUUCGUACAUGCAAUCGCAAGAUUGCUUCUGUAGGAACCUAGAGAAUCCCGAGCUGACUACCGCCGCCGCCGCCGCCACCGCCGCCGUCGUCACCGCUUCCGCCUCGUAUCUUUCUGGAGACCUUGCUAACGCAAGACGGGAUUUAGAAUCCCGUGGACCUUCCCCCUCCGCCGCCGCCGUUCCCGCUGCGGGAGACUCGCAGCUCCUUCCUGCAGCGACGACCGGAUCCGUCUCCGCGUUUUCCAGGGGCGGGAACGACGGCGCCGGUGCCGGGGCCAAUAAUGAUGCCGCGUCAGCUGACGACGACGAUAGCAACCGUCCGUUUAUUUACGUGUACGACACGCAAUCGGAGUGGACGGAGGGGAUGAAGGGACGCCCCAAGGAGUGGUUUUCUGACCAAUACGAGGUGGAGUCGGUACUAACGGAGCUUCUUAUGCGUUCUAACGCGAUUCGCACGACGGAUCCUGAAAAGGCGACGCUGUUUUACAUCCCGUACUAUUCGUCGAACCACAUCGCGCAUGUGAACAAGAAUGAGAAAAACAUGAUGGAUAAGUCUGCCGGGGAAGUGUCUAAGGCGUGGCACAACAUUCUCACCAUGAUUCGCCGCGAUUACCCCUACUUCAACCGCACCAACGGCCGAGAUCACUUCGGCACGAGCACGUUCGAUCACGGCCGUUGCCUCGCAUUGCCGUGGGUCAACCCGGAUUUGUACGGCGAGAUGUUCUUUAUCGUGCUUAAUGGGGACCGCCUUGCGCGCACCAUCCACUCCUCUAAAAAGAGGAACAUGCAGAUCAUAGGAUACAAUUACAACAUGACCUUGCAGCCACAGUACCCAGACAUUCCAUGCUACAUGCCCGACCGUGACAUUGUCGUGCCUGCCUUUGUUGGCGGCCAGCUGCCCAUGGUGUCGCCCUUCACUGGCAAUCGUACCAUGCGAGCCAUCUUCCGGUUCUCAACGCAGCCGAGCCACAGGGCGCCCCUCACGCACCACGGCCAUUCCUUACGCCCCGAGCUGCUCAAAAUGUACGGGCGGCAGCGUAUCAAAGGGUGGAGCUUUGCAGCCAGGGGGGAGAGGCAGACGAACAAGGAGUGGCAGAUGGCUGUCUUCUGCAUCUGCCCGCCCGGCCACUCCCAGUGGACCAGCCGCCCCUUCAAGGCGCUCAUCUCGGGGUGCAUCCCAGUGACGUUCUUUCGAGACCACGACAAUCCCUGGGACGAUGAGCUGGACUACUCCUCCUUCUCCAUCAACAUCGAUCCCGACGACAUUGCUUCUCUGCGCUCCCGUCUAGAGACCGCUCCUGUGGAGCAGCUGCAACGCGGCGUGGAGACGGUGCAGUCCCCACCUCCCUCUCUCACCCCUUUAUGCCGCCAGCGGAUGUUCAAGUGGUCGGGGAAUCACACACAAGGGGCAAAGUACGAGCUUAUGAAGAGGUUACGGCAGCGAGGCAAGCAACUCUCCUCUACCUCCCUCUUCCUAUAG